GAGCGCGCUCCCGCCAGCUCGGCCGGCCUCUCCAGCAGCUUCCUAACCAAAGGCCGGGCGGCUUUGGUGCGCCUGCUCUGGCGGCAGCGCGCGCAGGAACGAGGACGGCGGGCUCUGGUUUUCCCCGUGCGCGGCAGGGAGGGAAAGCUGGGAGAGCGCUCCGUGCGCGCCGCUCCUCCGAGCCCGGCAGAAGGCGGAUGGCGCUGAGUCCCAUUGAGAAGAAAGAGGCGUGAGUGGGAAGCCGGGCCAGCCAGCCAGCCAACGCUUGCCGCAGCGAUGCAGCAGGUCUUGGAUAACCUUACGGAUUUGUCCCCAUCAUCAGGAGCUGAAGAAAUAGAUCUUAUUUUCUUGAAAGGAAUUAUGGAGAAUCCUAUUGUAAGAUCACUUGCUAAGGCUCAUGAACGACUGGAAGACUCUAAACUUGAGGCUGUGAGUGACAACAAUAUAGAAUUAGUCAAUGAGAUUCUUGAAGACAUCAGUCCAUUAGUGAACAAAGAUGAAAACAUUGCUGAGUUGGUUGGUAUACUGAAGGAGCCACACUUUCUGUCCCUUUUGGAAGCCCAUGACAUUGUGGCAUCAAAGUGCUUCGAAUCUCCUCCCUCUAGCCCAGAAAUGAAUAAUUCUUCGGUGAACAAUCAGAUAGUACCCGUAGAUGCUAUUCGCAUACUUGGCAUUCACAAAAGAGCAGGAGAACCACUGGGUGUUACAUUUAAGGUUGAGAAUAAUGAUCUGGUAAUUGCACGAAUCCUUCAUGGAGGAAUGAUAGAUCGACAAGGUCUUCUCCAUGUGGGCGAUAUCAUUAAAGAGGUUAAUGGUCAUGAAGUUGGAAACAAUCCAAAAGAACUGCAAGAACUUCUCAAGAACAUUAGUGGUAGUGUCACUCUGAAAAUUCUUCCUAGCUACAGAGAUAAUAUUAUUCCUCAGCAGGUAUUUGUGAAGUGUCAUUUUGAUUAUAAUCCAUAUAAUGACAAUCUGAUUCCAUGUAAAGAAGCAGGACUGAAGUUUUCCAAGGGAGAAAUUCUUCAGAUUGUAAAUCGAGAAGAUCCAAAUUGGUGGCAGGCCAGUCAUGUCAAAGAAGGGGGAAGUGCUGGACUUAUUCCUAGUCAAUUCCUGGAAGAAAAAAGGAAAGCAUUUGUUAGGCGGGACUGGGACAAUUCAGGUCCAUUUUGUGGAACAUUAAGCAGUAAAAAGAAGAAAAAGAUGAUGUAUCUCACAACUAGGAAUGCAGAAUUUGAUCGUCAUGAAAUUCAAAUAUAUGAGGAAGUAGCCAAAAUGCCUCCAUUUCAGAGAAAAACACUAGUCUUAAUAGGAGCCCAGGGAGUUGGUCGAAGGAGUUUGAAAAAUAGAUUUAUUGUAUUGAAUCCCUCCAAAUUUGGAACCACAGUGCCAUUUACAUCGCGAAAGCCACGGGAUGAUGAAAAAGAUGGGCAAGCCUACAGAUUUGUGUCACGAGUGGAAAUGGAGGCAGAUAUUAAAGGUGGCAGAUACUUGGAACACGGGGAAUAUGAAGGAAACCUUUAUGGCACCAAAAUAGAUUCUAUCCUUGAAGUGGUUCAGACUGGAAGGACAUGCAUCUUGGAUGUGAAUCCACAGGCACUGAAAAUACUCCGCACUGCAGAGUUUAUGCCCUAUGUAGUUUUUAUUGCUGCUCCAGUGCUAGAGACUCUCCGUGGCAUGCACAAAGCGGUGGUGGAUGCUGGAAUUACAACCAAGCUUCUAACAGACACUGAUUUGAAGAAAACUGUAGACGAGAGUGCACGGAUCCAAAGAGCUUACAGCCACUAUUUUGAUCUGGUCAUUGUGAAUGACAAUUUAGACAAAGCCUUUGAAAAAUUGCAAUCUGCUACCGAGAAACUGAGGACAGAACCACAGUGGGUCCCCAUUAGCUGGGUCUACUGAUGCAAACUAAGAUGGUCGCCAACACUGAACAUUAUACCAAGAUAACAUUGUACAGAAUAGAAGAGAGUUGAAACAGCAGCAUCUGAUAAAUUUUUACUCUGUGUAUAUUCAAAUAGUGGUAUGCUAUUCCAGAUUUUUAUACAAAAUGUUGAAAGGGAAAGUGUACUUAAAUAUGUAAUUUAUUUUAAUUUUUCUAACUUUUUACCAAUAACCUUUCUAUUCAUACCACAUGAAGAAAAUGUGUUAAAGCAUUUUAUAAAUGUUUUCAUUUUACUAUUUUUGCCUUCUAUUCAUCUGCGAAACUUUCCAGUCGUUCGCUUUAAUACAUUUUGGUCUUACAUUUUCACUGUGAUAAGGAAAAAAAAUACUUGAAGAUUUCUUUUGUAAAACUCUUGUUCAAAUCAAGUUGUUCAUCCGGUCAGGUUUUUUUUCUCUUUCAGGAGAAGACACUGCUCCUUACCUUAAUAAACAUCUUGCUCUUCUUGAUGCGAGCUGAAUUUUCAAUACUUGGGAAACAAACCAGCACUGAGCCGUGUAACAGACACAUUUUUUUGCUUAAUAUUUCUAUAAGUUCGGCAGUUGUUUCGUUGUGUUAGGCAGAUGUACUAUAUAGACUUUCUCUAUAUUACCCUUUUACAAAGAAGUAAAGCAAUACCUUGGACUUCCUCUACAAGGCUGGUCUUAGCAGCCUAUACCAACCCAUUAGAACUAGUCCUGCUGUAUAGGAGAACUGUAUCAUGUUCUUCAUUGUGUUUGGGAUCAGGGCAAAAAAGCUCGAGUGACCGCCUUACAAUAUUGAACCUUGCUGUAGGAUAGAUGUUCUCACUUGUGAAAAACCAUUGCUUAAAAGAACAAAGUCUGCUUUUUAUUUUUUGGUACUAUGACCUUGCUCUGUAUUUGUAUAUUGUUGUGUGAUAUAACUAACAGGCUUUUAUUUUUCACUUGGGAAUAUUCGAGUGCUUAUAUGUGUUAUGAAAUGUGAUGUGAUGGGAUUUUGAGCUACUUGUUAUCUUAUGUUUAAACUGCUUUAUUACCAAAUAGCGUGUGAAAACUACAGUUGUUUUUUGGAUGCUGACAAACAUGUUAUUUAUAAAUGAGUUUAUUUUUUUGUUUUCCAACUGUAAUUUUUUACAUAAGAUCAAGAGAAGACUCGUUCUAUUUCUCUUUCUAAGGCAGUAAACCCAGCAGAUAUCUUCUUAUUAUCACUAGUUUCAUCCUGGACAUUUAAACGUUUUUGCUGAUGUAUAUUCCAUUUAAUUAAUAUCAGGGCAGAUGGCCACAAAGACAGGCUGGUUUGGUGACACUCUCUCACUUUAUUCUUGUUUUUUGAACUCACAUUCAUCCUUACUGACAUGCUGGGUGCCUAAAAUUGUGGUCAUUUGCCCACUGCAUUUAUUUCAGCCCAUUUGAAGACGGGCAUUUGGCUUCUGAAUUUCUUUUUCAAUACCAAAGUAUCAUUUUGCAGGGUCCCUUCAAAGGAGCAUUUUUGGGAAAAGGCUGGGGCCGCACCAACAGUUUUUGUUGCUCCUCUUCAAAUGAUCACAUGCAUAAGAAAACAGGGUUUGGAUAGUUGUUAUGAGAAUUAAUGAGACACCAAAAAAAAGUAUUCUAAAUGACAAAAAAAACCCUUUUAGGGAUUUUUUUUUAAAAAGACACAUUUUAUAAAUAUGAUGCAUACGAUUGCGUAUCUUUGUUUUAAUUGCUGUUGGUACUUAAGAGUUUAGCUUUUAACAACAUAAAAUAUUUUUAAUAAACUCAUUAAUUUCUGGUGCAUUAAAAUUAUACUUUAAAUGUUUAAAAAUGUAUAUGGCAGAUUGUUAAAAAAAGCUAUUUUCGUGAGGUCAGCGCCUAGACCCUAGAGCAACUCUACAAGAACACAAAAAUAUUGACAUGAUGGAUUCCAGAGGUACAAUGUUGUGACCACUCUUAUCAGGCAAACGUUUUCUUGUUUAGAUAUUUCCCACUAGAAAAUGACUUUUGUGAAGCAAACUUCACCUUCAGCUGUGGUUCAUGUUGCUGUGCUUACUCAAGUUUCUUACUGGACAACAGAUCCAGCUAGCUUGAUCUGACUGCCUUUGGCCAGCUUGAGAUAGGGGCUCUAGGUAGCUGGGCUUAGAAAUUAUCUCUUGGGUAGAAUUAAAAUGAAGAAAGUAAGCCUCUUUGUAUUUUGUAUUGCUAUGGGGGGAGUUACAUCAGUGUUUACAUCAGUGUGCCACUAAACCAUGCAGAAUAUGACAUUUUGAAAAUAAAGAUGUUUGGGUAUUCUUUCCUUUGACAUGAAAGAAAAAAGAACAUUAGCCAGAAUUAUGGUCCUCUCACUCAGGGCAUGACCAUGACAACACGUUAAAUACAAAAAAGGAGGAGCAGUAAGGCUUAGGCACCAGGCAGUAACAGAAGGGUUAUUUUAAAGGUGUCCUUUAGGACUGGAGUGAAGCAAAUGUGAGAAGCAGAGGGACAGCUUUUCUGUGAAUGGUUUCCAACUAGUUACAGUUUAGCAACUUGGUUUGCUUAAUCAAGGUCUUCCACAAACUUGGGUUGUUUGCAGGUGUAUAUAAGUAACCUAUGCAAACUUGUAAUGGCUUGGAUACAGCUGGAAGCCCAACUGAAAUUAAUUUGGAUCUUUAUAGGGGGAAAGAUUGCUGAAUAACUAAUUUUCCUUCCAGCCGUUUACUUGCAAGACUAGCUACCACCUGGACUUUAAAUGUGUAUUUCGCUUGUUUUCAAAGAUCAGCCAUUGAAAAGUUGCCAUUAAUUGAAAGGUGGACAAAUUGCAUCACCUUUGUUUUUCUGAACUGAUUGCUGGUCUCAGAUCAACUUCUACUUCCUCCCAGGCAAACUGUUGGCUAGAAGGCUAACAAUGCACUCCUAUCCAGAGUUGCUCCAGUCUAAGCCUAUUCAUUUCCAUGGGUUUUGACUGGAGUUACUGUGUAGGAUUGACUUAAAACCUGGUACUUUGGUGGUUCUUCCAUGAACAGAUAAUAUAUGCAUUGCUAGUAUUAUAUUAGUACAUGCAAAUAGUAGCAAGAUGCUACUUAAUGUUUCCGCCAAGUAGAGCUGUUGCUUAACAAGUGCACAGCUGCCUGUCCUGAUAUUAAUGUACCGGAGCAGCUAUUGGUGGAUGCAGAUAUAAUGAAAAAUAGUGGCUGUUCUCUUGACUGGGCCCAGUCUAAAGUCUUAGGGGCCAAUAGAAAUCAGAAAUAUUUGUGCAUGCAGUGGGCAGGAUUGGUGUUGAAUGAAACAAAUGGGAGUGGAAAGCCAAAGUUUAUAUAUAUUUUAACAUGUACAAUUAAAGGAAAAUAAAAAUUUAUGCAUGUUGCCAGGGAAUAAAAUCGGGUGUUCCAGAAAUCAUAGCUGGAUCAUGAUUCUCUCUUCUCGUCUUCAGUAGAAAGUUGCACCCAGCUUUAGGCUUUUAUGUAAACUAUGCAGUUCAUCAAGUGAUGCUGAGUUUGUGAUCCUAUAUAGCUUUGCUUGAGAAUGCUGGGAUUGACCUUCAACUUUUUGGCUGAAAUAUUGACAUUAAAAUUCUAACAGCUGUAAACUGAAUGGAUGGAGGACACGGCUACUCAAAUCAAAUUUUAGUUUUAAAUGUUUUUUUCUGCACAUUCAGUUAUUGGAUGCUUUUUUCAAGGACAGAGCUGCAAUUGUUUUGGGUUAUGCAAGUACAGUUUCAAAAUAAGGUAAAAGUGGCCUUAUGGUCAGAAAGCGUAAUAUAAAGCGUACCAUGGUGAAAGUAGCAAACACAACUGGACCCAGGCGUAGACAAUUGAGAGGCAGAGCUUGUCCUACAGCAGUUUCCUGUCUUGUGUUUUAGAGCACAACAUCCUGUCACAAUGGCUCUGCCAAUGACUGUGGACUUGAAAUCUAAGUGUUCAUAAAUGUUUUGCUAAAAAAUACUGUAUUCCUUGUGCUUGUAACUAUAGCAAAGGGUACAAAAAUAUUCAAGAGCAGGUUGAUAUUUUAGAGCAGGGGUGUUAAACAUGGGCCUGGGGGCUGGAACCGGCCCCUUGAGAGGGCUUAUCAGGCCCGCAAGCCAGCUGAGGCAAAGCUUCCCCCCACCCUUCCCAGUCAGAUCCUGGCCCUGAUAAGCCCUCAGUCACCCCUUCUUCAGUGCUAAUCAGGGCUGGAGAGCCAGCUGUAGGCUCACCAGCUAAGGGAGCCACCCCCCCCCCCCCCCCGGGGCCUGACCCAGUCAACUCACAUGUAUGUUACUGGCCCUCAUAACAAAUGAGUUCCACACCCCCUGCUUUUGAGCUUGCUGAAUCUCUACUUGUGGUAGAUUUUAUACAGGCAAGUUUCUAGUCCUUAAGCCUCCUUAGAAGACCUGUUUGGGGAAAUCCCAGACAAGGGUAAGCUGCUAAGAUGAAUAUUUUUACUUGUUUUCCUUAAACUAAUCGAAGCAGAAUAAAUCAUGCAAAAUCAAUGCAUGUGUCAGCAUGUCUAUUUCAUAUCCUUUGCCAUUUGUGCAGGAUGGAAAAAAGAUGCAAUUUUCCCUCUUGUUAGCAAGGCCAAGAAGAGUGAUGUGUUCCCCCUCUUUCUUGUCCACUGCAUAUGCAGGGGAGAGGGCCUGCUCCAGUUCUUGAAGUGGAGAUGUGCAGAAAAUUGAUUGCCAUGCCUUUGUGGGGCACCCAGUUAAUGAUUGUACUGGACUUCUAGUCAGAAAACCAUUAAAGAUGAACCACAACGGAAACGCUUGAAAGUAAAUUAGCUUUUUGCAGAAGCCUAACUGGUGAUUUGGGGGGAAGGGGCGGCAUUUGUUUUUGAGGAAUGGUGCUCUGCGGUUUGCAGAGAGCAACAGUUCACAUUUCUAUCAACUAAAAAUGUCACGUGACUACUUAAUGCCCCAUAUACCGCCCCACUAAACGCACAUAAUAAUACAGCUGUUAAUGCAAACUAUUAUUACAAAGUUAACUUUUAAAAUUACCCAAGUACCUUUGAGUAUGUAGGAUUGUUUCUAGCCACCAUGUUUGAACCUUAGCCAGCUCUCAUGUACCUGAAGGACGAGGUUCAGCAAGUCAGGCAAGGCGGGGUGAGGAGGCCAGGUGGGGGUGGGGCAGCUGACUGUGGAGAAUGAGAGAGUAAAAUCAUGCCACUUGCUCUUUCCAAGUGGCUGCCAUAUGGUGGUAGUUUUACUCUCUCUUCUAUACAGGCAGCUUAUUGCUUUCCUGAUGGCCAUCCUGGUGCCUGGAUGAGAAUGCAGAGGUGGGGAUUGUUGCAAAUGAUGAGCUUUUUAUCCUUGGGAUGCGAUCUAAAUAACAGCAGCCUGCAGCUUACCUAUCUUCUUCUAGCCUCUCUGGCUGCAGCUGUUAGGUGGGAACCACUUGCAGACCACAAGCCCUACCAGGCAAUGGCCCGGCCCCUUUUCCUGGAACAUGGCAAAACUGCACAUUGGGAAGUGGUGCUCAGAAGAGACAUUCCCCAGUCACUGAGUGAAUAUCACUGCUUUGGCACCAGACAUGCUUUGCAUCUACUGGGGUGGGGGACGCAAAACCUAUUUUGUUGGAGGAGAAAAGUGCAUUUGAUAACUGCUUCAAUUGCCUGUAAGCAAUCUCGGAAGCAGCAAGAGAGGAAAGUGAGUGUCCCUUAAAUUCUUCCAGAAGCUAUAUCCAAAGAAGGGGAUGGGAAAUUGAAGUGUCAUUUUUGUCCCUUGACGUGUCACUACCUAGUGCUUUCCCCCACCUGGUGCAAAGCCUUUUGCUCAAAAGGCUCUUAUUCUAAUGUGACUGUAGCUGCUAUAGUAAUAGAAAGGCAAUGUAAGCAGGCGUGCCUAACUCUUUUUUCACAGGAAGAAAUUUAUUUCCCAAAGGUUAAUUAACUAGUAUCUAUAUAGGAAACAAGGAAGCCGUAAUCUAGCAGAAAGCGCUAACGAUUCAUUUUUGACCAUUUGUGUAAAUCUGGAUUAAUUAUGUAUUUAUUUAAAAGUACUUUGCCUGAUAUGGUUUUACUUGGCAGAACAUGUGAAUAGCUCAUAGUGUCCUCAGUAAUAGGCAAAUUGCUUGUUUCCUGGAGGUGUCUGCUCAAGAGAUAAUGAAAUAUUCUGCAUUGAAUAGGUGUGGGUAUGUUUUGUUAAAUUUUUGCAACAAUGGUUGUGACUAGUUUGCAAAGAAAUAGUGUUUUUAGCAAGGCUAUCAGUUGGCAUAAGGCCAGCCUUCAAAUCUUUCAUGGAUAAAAUUUGACAAUCUACAUACAAGCAGAAAACUUAGGGUACCAACCAACUGGGAAAACACACCUUUGUACUUUGUAUUCAAAAUGAAACAUAGCAUGUUAAGUAGAUCCUUUUGGGGGGCAUUUUUAUCAAUUAAAUCUUGAAUUCUGUCAAGGUUAUGCAGUUCACAAUUUGCUUAAACAAUAUUGCUUUUAAACAUGUCAUCUACGUGUUUUGGGUUCUAAAUGAGCAUUGUUUGUGCAACAGAGGUUAAAUAUUGCAUUUGAUCAGACUUUUUGGGUUUCUUGAAUGAAAUAUCAGUAAAAUGUUUGUGUGCCACAUUCACUCUAUUGUAAUUUGACGAAGGUCCAUGAAAAAUAUAGUAACCCAAGAACAAUAUUGGUGGGGAGGGGGAGGGGUAAACCAACUGCCAGUCAGCUAUAACUUCUAGUUUAACUUUUGAAACUUCUGCCAUGUCAUUCUGUAUAAUUGUUGAAAUGUAUAAAUCCGUGAAAUCCUGUAAACUCUGAAAGUAUUUUUGUAUAUAUUAAAUAAAUAAUAAUAAUAUUGGGGGUAA